AUGGCGGAGCGAUACAUUCCGGAGCAUCGCCGGACGCAGUUCAAGGCGAAGAAUACCUUCAAGCCUGAAGAGCUCCGCCGCCGCCGCGAGGAGCAGCAGGUCGAGAUCCGCAAGGCGAAGCGCGAGGAGAACCUGGCCAAGAGGCGAGGCAUUGGAUCCGGUGAGAACCGACCCGGUGCCUCGCUCGGCGCCGCUCCCGAUAGUGAUGACGAGUCGGCUCCCACAGAGUCCCAGUUGAACGAGGACCUUCCUCAGAUGGUCCAGGGUGUCUUCUCCGACCAGAUUGACGCCCAGAUCUCCGCCACCACCAAGUUCCGCAAGCUCCUGUCCAAGGAGCGCAACCCUCCCAUCGAGGAGGUCAUCAAGACCGGUGUCGUCAGCCGCUUCGUCGAGUUCCUGCGAUCGCCCCAUACGUUGGUGCAGUUCGAGGCCGCCUGGGCCCUGACCAACAUCGCUUCCGGGUCUGCUACCCAGACUCAGGUGGUCAUUGAGGCUGGCGCCGUCCCCAUCUUUGUUGAGCUCCUGGCCAGCCCCGAGCCCGAUGUCAGGGAACAGGCCGUCUGGGCUCUGGGCAACAUUGCCGGCGACAGCCCCCACUGCCGCGACUAUGUCCUGAGCUGUGGCGCGCUGAAGCCUCUGCUGAACCUCCUCGGGGACAGCCGCAAGCUCAGCAUGCUGCGCAACGCCACGUGGACCCUUAGCAACUUCUGCCGCGGCAAGACGCCGCAGCCUGAUUGGAACAUGAUCUCCCCUGCGCUCCCUGUCCUCUCCAAGCUCGUCUACUCCCUCGACGAUGAGGUCCUGAUUGAUGCAUGCUGGGCCAUUUCCUACCUGUCGGACGGCUCCAACGAUAAGAUCCAGGCUGUCAUCGAGGCCGGCAUUCCCCGCCGCCUGGUGGAACUGCUGAUGCACGCUUCUACCUCUGUGCAGACGCCCGCUCUCCGGUCCGUUGGCAACAUCGUCACUGGUGACGAUGUCCAGACCCAAGUCAUCAUCAACUGCGGGGCUCUUCCGUGCCUCCUGUCCCUGCUCAGCUCCACCAAGGAUGGCAUUCGCAAGGAGGCUUGCUGGACCAUUUCCAACAUCACCGCCGGCAACUCGUCUCAGAUCCAGUCUGUCAUCGACGCGAAUAUUGUUCCGCCGUUGAUCCACCUUCUUCAGAAUGGUGACCUCAAGACCCGCAAGGAGGCCUGCUGGGCCAUCAGCAACGCCACCUCCGGCGGCCUCCAGAAGCCUGAGCAGAUCCGCUAUCUGGUGUCUCAGGGCUGCAUCAAGCCUCUGUGCGAUCUCCUGACCUGCCCCGACAACAAGAUCAUCCAGGUCGCCCUCGACGGCUUGGAGAACAUUCUGAAGAUUGGCGAUCUUGACAAGCAGGCGGCGGGCGAGAGCGCCGAGUCCAUCAACCGCUACGCCCUCUUCAUUGAGGAGUGCGGCGGUAUGGAGAAGAUCCACGAGUGCCAGAACAACGCCAACGAGGAGAUUUAUGUCAAGUCGUACCACAUCAUCGAGAAGUACUUCUCGGACGAUGUCGAGAACGCCGACGAGGGCAUGGCUCAGCCGGCUGGCCCCAACGGCACUUUCGGCUUCGGCACCAAUGCGCCUGCCCAAUCGGGCGGGUUCAACUUUGCCAACGGAGGCGACUCGAUGGACAUGUAA